GACUGCUGCCUGUCACGUGACCGGUGUGUGUCGCGUCACAAUGGCGGUGUGUAUAGCUGUCAUCGCGAAGGAGAACUAUCCUCUGUACAUUCGCAGCGUUCCUACACAGGGAGAACUGAAGUUUCACUACACAGUGCACACUUCUCUGGAUGUAGUAGAGGAGAAGAUAUCUGGUGUGGGUAAAGCCCUGGCUGACCAGAGAGAGCUUUAUCUGGGACUCCUGUAUCCAACGGAGGACUACAAAGUAUAUGGCUACGUGACAAACUCUAAGGUGAAGUUUGUGAUUGUUGUCGAUUCGUCCAACACAUCUCUGCGAGACAAUGAGAUUAGAAGUAUGUUCAGAAAAUUACACAACUCUUUCACUGAUGUAAUGUGUAACCCAUUCUACAAUCCUGGUGAUCAAAUUAAAUCAAAGGUGUUUGAUAGUGUCGUUUCAGCUAUGAUGGUGCAGGCUUCCUGAAAUCAUUUUCUCUGCUGUAUAUAACUUCACAUCAGUGUCUGUUUGUAAAGUCUGUCAGUUGAAAAUAAAUGUUCAUUCUUCUUUCAAGCUUCA